AUGCUGAUAGUCUUAUUAGUCAGCUUACUGUCGUCAGUUGAGGGAGUGUUUGAGUGCAGCUCCCAUGAGACGACAGCAUUCGUCCGAAUCCCCCGCGCUCGUCUUGAUGGAACCCCCGUCGUUAUUUCCACAGCAGGUUGACCUAUUUCUUAUUCUAAUACUCAUUUAUUCAUUGAUUUAGGACAUGAUUUGACCUGCGCGCAGUACUGCAGGAAUAAUAUAGAGCCGACGACAGGAGCUCAACGUGUUUGCGCUUCUUUCAACUUCGACGGAAGAGAAACCUGUUAUUUCUUUGAUGACGCUGCUACUCCAGCUGGAACAUCACAGCUUACCGCCAAUCCAUCUGCCAAUAACUUCUAUUACGAGAAGACUUGCAUUCCUAAUGUGUCUGCUCAUGAAGCUUGCACUUACCGUUCCUUCUCAUUCGAGCGUGCUCGCAACACUCAAUUGGAAGGAUUCGUUCGCAAAUCUGUGAAGGUCGAGACCCGCGAACACUGCUUGUCCGCUUGUCUUAAAGAAAAGGAGUUCGUCUGCAAAUCGGUCAACUUCCAUUACGCCGACAAUCUUUGCGAGCUCUCGGUCGAAGACAAGAGAUCCAAACCUACCCAUGUCCGCAUGUCUGAAGGUAUCGACUACUAUGACAACAACUGCCUCUCUCGUCAGAACAGAUGCGGACCAUCUGGAGGAAACUUAGUUUUCGUGAAAACCACCAACUUUGAAAUUCGUUAUUAUGAUCAUACUCAGUCUGUUGAAGCCCAAGAGUCGUAUUGUCUUCAGAAGUGUUUGGAUUCCUUGAACACUUUUUGCCGGUACGAAAAAAGCCUUUUGUUUGUAUUAAAUCGUCUUUUGCAGUUCGGUCGAAUUCAACCCGAAGGAAAAAAACUGCAUAGUUUCCGACGAAGAUACUUUUUCACGAGCUGACCAACAAGGACAAGUUGUCGGAAAGGAUUAUUACGAGCCAAUUUGUGUGGCAGGUAAGAAAAGAACAAUUCCAAUCGUGCGUAUCAGCAUGUGACGAUGUUUACAGCCGACCUGUCCUCGUCCACAUGCCGUCAACAGGCCGCUUUCGAAAGAUUUAUAGGAUCGUCUAUUGAAGGAGAAGUAGUUGCUUCUGCUCAGGGAGUCACCAUCUCCGACUGCAUUUCUCUCUGCUUCCAGGUACAGGCUUUCAGCGAUAAUUUAAUAUACAGUGUUUUCUUUCAGAAUCUCAACUGCAAGUCAAUCAACUAUGACCGUACUGCUUCUUCUUGCUUCAUCUACGCUGUCGGUAGACAGGAUGCCAAUAUCAAAACCAACCCAUCCAUGGAUUACUAUGAGUUCAACUGUGAGUCUCAAUUUGGAGGAAUGGCUCUGUGCACUAACGAAGGAAUCCGCUUCAUUGUCAAUACCAAAGAGCCAUACACCGGAGCCAUAUACGCAGCUGAACGAUUCUCCACUUGCUCUCAGGUCGUUGAGAAUGCCAAGCAAAUCUCGAUCACGUUCCCACCACCAACUGUCACUUCCGACUGUGGUACUGUCAUCCGUGAUGGAAAGAUGGAAGCUCUUGUUGUUGUCUCUCUCGACGGUGUCUUACCUCACCAAGUUACCACCGAGUGGGAUCGCUUUUACCGUGUCUCUUGUGACGUUUCAAUGGACAAAAUGGUGAAGGAAGGAUCUGUCGUAGUGACAACCAUCUACGAGGCUUCUUCUCAAAACACCACCGUCUUAGAUGUUGCCACUCCACCACCUGUGACCGCCGAACUUCAAAUUUUGAACCAACUAGAGGAGCCAUUGCACAAAGCCUCGAUUGGAGACCCACUUCUUCUCGUUAUCACUUCCGAACAGGCUGGGCCCCACAAUAUGAUGGUCACCGAGUGCACAGCCACCCGUGUCGGAGGUUUCGGAGACUCCGUUCCAUUCACUCUUAUUGAGAACGGAUGCCCACGCUAUCCAGCUCUGGUUGGGCCAGUUGAACAAGAUUUUGACAAGAACAGACUCAAGUCUGAUCUGAGAGCCUUCCGUCUUGAUGGGUCGUAUGAUGUGCAGAUUGUUUGCUCUAUUAUGUUCUGCGCAGGACCAAAUGGUUGCCCAGUCUCCAAUUGUCUGGACUCGGGAACCAAUGAACUCUUCAUGUCGCACGGAAGGAAAAAGAGAUCUUCGAACCCGGAAGCAGGAGAGACAGAGGAAAGACUAUCUGCCAUAAUUCGUGUAUUCGCGAAAGGAGAGGAUGAAGAAGAGAACACGUUUGGAAAAAACACGACGUUCAACGGGUAAUAUCCUGCGAUAAUGAAACUGGUAUUAAAAAAUAUAUAUUUCAGCUUGCAAGAAAACUCUGAAACGGUGUGCGUUGGAGAGACAUGGUUCGUAGGAUCAGUGGUUACAGUUUCCGUCAUCUGCUUAUUUUUGUCUACGCUCAUCGUAGUUUGGGGAUGCCACAAUAUUAACACCACAUCAACCAAAAAUAUGGCAUAG